AUGUCUUGGAGCAACUAUAGCUUUCCUUUCAGCAUUCUUUCUGAUGACCGACUGACGUCUCCCACGCGAUGGCCAACGAGAGAAGGCCUCGAGCUGUGCCACGAAGAACUCGAGCCCAUUGACGGAAUGUGUAUGUUGAUGUAUGAGGCCGAGGAAUUGAAGGAUCUUGAGAGCUUCAUUGCGGCAACGUUCUACGAUAAGUCUACUGGCGAGGAGAAGGAGGCGAAUAGGCAGCGAGAGUUGAGGUGGGUGAAAGAUCGUGUUGUUAUGUGGAGGAGGGCUCGGUUCUUGGAUAUCUACAAGGGAUUUAUCGAGGGAAAUAUGGAUCUAACAGGACGACAUGAACCUCGAUGGAACGAGUACAUGCAGGGUUUUGAGGUGUUCAUUCGGGAUUUCGAGAGGCUGGCGCCGUAUAUCAAGGAAAUAUGUGUCAUUGGAGAUUCCGUUUAUUGGCGAUACGAGGUCCUCCCCCAGAUUCGUGAAGAAUACCGCGACUGGCGCCAGCGGUGGGAGAUUGGAGACAAAGAAGAGGCUAGAAUAGUUGGUCAUUCCGUGAAGGCCUGUAAGCUUUGGGCGACAAAUGCGGCACCCAAGUUCCAGAGUCUUACCCUGCUCGACCUCCCCGACGAAAUCCUGGAGCUCAUCUUCAACGGAUGCAAACUACGAGAAUUGUUAUUACUGUCGAGAACGUGUAGCGGUUUGCGAUGGGCUAGGGACCAUUGUCUGAAGGCACGUAGCGCUUCACGAAAUAUCUCCGGAUGCGAAAUCCGUUUCGGCGAGCCGAAAGAAAUUGACUUCCGCUUGGAUCCUGCAUUGGAACCCAUUCCGCAAAUCAGUCCUUACCUCGGAAAGGCAUAUCGACGAUGUCGCAAGCAUAUCGAAUACUACCUUGCCCAACCCAAGCAAUGCAGGGCUCUGAAGGAUCUCUCGGUGGAUUUCACAUGGACGUCUAAGCCUCUAUGGUUGGACGAGUUGAGGACAAUGGACACAGCGCUCGACUGUAUGAUCUUCAAGGAUCUCUUCGCCGACCUUUGCAAUGUCCUGACACCCAACGGCGUCCCCAACCUCACCACCCUCCGACUGACGCACGUCUUCCUGGAUGCCGAUGGAAUUGCAGCGAUAUGCUCGCUCGAAUGUUUGAAGCGUCUACUGUGUCACGACUGCAGUGUCCAGCGGUCGGGCGACCUUCAACGGUGGCUUGAAGGAGACCAUCUUCCCUUCCUCUCACAAGCAACGCUCGACCUCGACCUCAAAUUCGGCUCCCGUGAUGCAUCAUCAUCCAGCCAAUGGGAUAUACUCUGUUUAUUCCCGCACGUGCAAAAUCUUACCCUCGGUGCCCUGGAUAAGCACGGGGAGUUUGACUUCCCUACGCUACUUUACCCCAAAUUUCAUUGCAUCAAGACGUUGCAACGUCUCUCUGUCUACAACAUCCGUGCCUCUACCCUUUCCACUCUGGGUGCAUGGCUGAUGGAGCGACUCUUCUUGAUGCCAGGGCAGACCGACCAACUGAUUCACUUCAAGAUUGCAAACCGUAUCCACAUCCCGCAGCGACAUUUGUAUACGCUGUUCCAUUCCCUUCAUUCGAAUACUCUGGAGGCGCUGGAGAUAGACGGAAUCGAGUACCAGAGAGCAUUGCCAGGCAUGAUUCGGCGGAUCGCCCUCGUUUGCCCAAACCUCCGCGCACUCAAGCUCGUUGUACGUGCCAACGGGCUGCAGAAAACAGCCAAACCAGUGAUUUGGCCCGAACCUUCGUGGGCGUACGCACCCGCGUUCUCGUGGUUCAAGCGCCUACAGCAUUUCAUCUGGAACUAUAGGAUCGCGUUGGAUGACGCAACUCCGUUUCCCUUGGAACGUUUCGAGCGCGAAGCCGCGGGCAAUCAGCGUGACGGCACCAUGGGACAGGGGGAGGAGUUGGAUCCCUCCGACGAGUUGUUCUUUGACGACUUUGAGCUUUCGGCCGCCCCGUUUGUCCGUUAUUGCCCAACGCUGAAGAGCUUCGCCUCCCACGACUUCAACAUUCUCUGCAAGAUAGUAGGAGAGGAUAGUGACCGCCGCUCCUACAGCAGAAACGAAGUGUUUGGGAGAAUCUUUAUUUCGCGUGUCGAGGAUUCAAGCGAGAUGGACCGACUUCUGGCAGACAAUCCAAUUUACACUCAAGAUUGA